CCGCGCGGUUUGUUUUCCGCGAGUGUCCGCCGUCGUCGCAAGUUGUGUUUUGUGGAAGUUUCGCGAAAGUUUCAAGAGUUUUCCUGGAAAGUGAUUCCGUGUGAAAAUGGCCAAAGCUCGGACCACCUUUCUCGAGGCGGACUCGUCCCUGAUGGAGCGCAAUCUGCGUUUUGUGCGGGAUGAAGCGCAAGAGGAGUUCAACAACAUGUUCGGACCGAUCGUCGAGCAGGCCCAGGACAUCAGUGCCGGGCGGAGCAAGAUUGUGAAACCGUUGCCAGGUUUCUGUCUGAAGGCAUUCAAGAAGGAAUCGAAGGAAAAAUUCUUCAUCAACCUGUGCCAAACCGACGGUAUCCCUGCGCCGGAGGACAUCACCGACGACCAGCUGAUGGCCAUCCUGAACGAUGGCACGCCGAGCCAGUUCAAGGUUCCGAUGAGCAUCUCCCAGCCACGGCCCAUGAAGGACAACUCGGGCACCGAGUGCCAGGUGUGCGACAUUGCCGUAAACUGUACCUUCUUCAAAAAGGUCGAAACCGGCGGGUUGAUGCAGGAUUUCCUCAUCACGAUCGUGUUCGAGGGCAUCGACAGCAAGUACGGCAUCCGGUUGGACGAGCUGGACUGGCGCGUGCUGAAGAACAAGAAGUUUGUGGACAAGCUGAUUGCGCACAGCGUGGCUAACCGGGACGUGAAGGCGGUUUACGAGAGUUACAAAAAUCCUACGCCGGAGGACAUGGUAAAGCUGCGUGAGUUGGACGGCUUGAGCAGUGGAGGAAGCGGGGAGGUGAAGCCGAAGAAACCGCUGAUCGAGGAGAUUGACCCGGUUGCGAUCAAAGCGAUGAAGAAUGACAAGAACAAGACGUCCGGAAAGGAUGCGGCGGUGUACGUGCCGGAUCCGACCAAGGUGGCGAUUUCGCAGGCUUCGUGCAAGAAGCCCGACUGUCGGUUGUUCCGCGAGCCGGCCACCGGCCGGGCCAAGAUGCUGAUUGGCGAGUUUUAUCUGCCGGAGUGUACAUCGGUGAAGGAAAUCACGCUGGACGUCGGCGAGGACCGAAUUCUACUCGAGGCCCGCAAGAAGGGCUACCUGUUGGACGCUUUUGUGGACUACACGAUCGACAGCAGCAAGGUGCAGGCGAAAUUCAACACAGAAUCAAAGAUGCUGAACGUAAUCAUGCCGAUUCUGGCGGCGUAAGCGCGACGGCAACGGAAGGUAAGCGGAAACAGAUUCUGCGUCAAGCUACGAUAACACUUUACUAGAGAAUAGAUAUAUUGAUAGAUUAGCAUUUUAUUACACAUAAAAA